CCGUCCCAGGACGCGUUGCGCGGCCCGGGCCGGAAGUCCUCGAGUUCCCGGGUGUGUGUCUGUGUCUGUGUCUCGCGGCGGUGCGCCGCCGCGGUCCAGCGCCUAGGGAGGGGGUCCGCGUCUGGAGCGCCACCGCUGUCACUGCCGCCACCAAACCGAGUCACUUCUAGAGGGACGGAGGCCCGGCCCUUCGCCGGGUGGAGAAGAUGUUGCCCCUGUCCAUCAAGGAUGAUGAAUACAAACCACCCAAAUUCAAUCUGUUGGGCAAGAUCUCAGGCUGGUUUAGGUCCAUCCUGUCGGACAAGACAUCCCGGAACCUGUUUUUCUUCCUGUGCCUGAACCUCUCUUUCGCUUUUGUGGAACUGCUCUACGGCAUCUGGAGCAACUGCCUGGGCUUGAUCUCCGACUCUUUCCACAUGUUUUUUGACAGUACUGCUAUAUUGGCUGGAUUGGCAGCUUCUGUUAUAUCCAAGUGGAGAGAUAAUGAUGCUUUCUCUUAUGGGUAUGUUAGAGCGGAAGUUCUGGCUGGCUUUGUCAAUGGGCUGUUUCUGAUCUUCACUGCUUUCUUUAUUUUCUCAGAAGGAGUUGAGAGAGCAUUGGCUCCUCCAGAUGUGCACCAUGAGAGGCUGCUGCUUGUCUCAAUUCUCGGAUUUGUGGUAAACCUAGUAGGAAUAUUUGUGUUCAAUCAUGGAGGUCAUGGACAUUCUCAUGGCUCUGGCCAUGGACACAGUCAUUCCCUCUUUAAUGGUGCUCUAGAUCACAGCCAUGGCCAUGAAGAUCAUUGCCAUAGUCACGAAGCCAAACAUGGAGCUGCACACAGCCAUGAUCACGCGCAUGGACACGGGCAUGCGCAUGGACACGGGCACUUCCAUUCUCACGAUGGUCCAUCCUUCAAAGAAACGGCAGGACCCAGCAGACAGAUUUUACAAGGAGUAUUUUUACACAUCCUCGCAGACACACUUGGGAGUGUUGGUGUGAUUGUCUCUGCCAUCAUGAUGCAGAACUUUGGGUUGAUGAUAGCAGAUCCUAUCUGUUCGAUUCUCAUAGCCAUUCUUAUCGUUGUCAGUGUUAUUCCUCUUUUAAGAGAGUCUGUUGGAAUAUUAAUGCAGAGAACUCCUCCCUCGUUGGAAAAUACACUUCCCCAGUGCUAUCAGAGGGUGCAGCAGUUACAAGGAGUUUACAGCUUACAGGAACAGCACUUCUGGACUCUCUGUUCUGAUGUUUACGUUGGGACCUUGAAGCUCAUAGUCGCCCCUGAUGCUGAUGCCAGGUGGAUCUUAAGCCAAACACAUAAUAUUUUUACUCAGGCUGGAGUGAGGCAGCUUUAUGUACAGAUUGACUUUGCAGCAAUGUAGUCAAUGAAAAGAAAUUGUUUGAGGACCAAAAUUUUCCAGUACUGUACAAUCCAAAGCAUUGUACUACCCAGUGCUCUAAAACGGAGACGUCAACACUACAUCUCGGAAGCACCCAGUAGUGCAGGUAGAGUCGGCGUGAGCUGGGGAUCACAGCCGGAUCCUGCCCAGACUGUGGCCUUGUGUGCUCUCCCCCCAAGCCAUUCCGAUUGCUAAGGUUUCUGGGUUUGUUCUGGGGUCUUGGGUUAUCUCUCGCUUUUUUUUUUUCUGGGGGUUCUUGCUGAUCACCUUCAGCCCAUCCUAUCAUUACACCCAGCCAGUGAGAAAUUCAGACCAUGGGCCGCCAGUCUUCUGAAUAUCUUCACUAAAGCUGCUGGAAACCACUGCUUGUAUUCCCACAAAACCAGUGUUGUUUUUACAAACAGAAGUCUGUUUUCUAUGUGAUGUCACAGUUGUUGAUGCUCUUCAGUGUAAUCAUACGUUUGUAAAAUUGUUUGUACCUUGCAAACUUAUGAACCAAACCAUAUUGGGUUUUCAAAGUGCCUUUGUAUCCGAAAAUAUAUUUGCCAGCAUAGAAAUGUACCAUUAAAGGUCAUAUGUAUGGUUUUUUAAUGGAUAUUCUGUAAUUUGUACAAAAUAAGACUUGCUAGUAACAUGUAUAAUUGUCUUUUGUGUAUUUCCAGCAUAGGUUUAAGUAUAUUAAAUUUCUUGUCUUGUGAAAAA